UUCUCCCGCCACCUGCAGCUGCGCUGGCGCCGCGACCACCGCUGUUGCUGCACCUGCAGGCACGCGUCACGCCGCCAGCUGUGCUGUCUGCACCUGACGAGUCCGCUAGCGCUCUGCAACUGACGUGUCACGCCUCGGAAACGUCGCUUGAGGACUUUUGACAGUGGUACCGGUUUAUUUUAUUCAGUCCAAAUUCGCACAUCGCGUUUCUUCGAAUCCGCGUAGGUUACCGUGAUAGACACGACAUUCUCGUACAACUUUUGAUAGUUCGGACAUUUAGUAUUUCGUCCCUUUUUUACAAUUUUGCAGAGGUCUGUGCACUCCUUUCAGUCGAAGUAAUGUAAAAUGUGGCGAUUUAAUUGAGGUAAUUGCUCUAUAAGACCAACUAACAGUGAAGUGCUUUGGUUGUAAAUAUCUGUAUCUGAAAGGAAACAACGGAUAAGGACUGUCAUAGUGGAAGUUUCUGGGUGAUUGAGAGUGAGGAAAGAGAUCAUAUCAGUAGUGUUAUAUAAACUGGCUUCAGUGAGGAUUAUUUAUACAUCGUAUAUAUUUAGUCUUACGUCGAACUUUUUCAGCAUCUUGUCACAAGCCGACGUAAGUGGAAAAGACUGUGCUUACAGAUACUAGGUCGUUUAACACUCUUGUUUCUGUGCUUCAUAUACCAAGCUGGUGCAUUUGUUAGAUAGAAUAACGCUGAGCGGAUGAAAAUCAGCGUCGCAAUUUUAUUAUUGCCAAUUAUGUGUGCACACUUGCUGAAGACGUAGUGGAAGCUGCACCCGAUCAGUGUGUAGCUAUUAACUCAGGUCUCAGUAUCAGUCCCUGAGGAACACCAUAUUUACAUUCUAAGCCCGCUGCUGGAGACCUACCGUCAUACGACAAGAAUUCCCAAUCAACUGGGGACACUGCAGAAGUAGCGCAACCGCAACUUUUAUUUAAUAACUGAGGCCCCGGCAUCAGUCCUGUGGAACACUAUAUUUGCUCUUUCUCAUCCGGUCAUUACAAAACUGGUUUCAUGUAUUGGCUCUUUUCAGUUGGUUGUGGACACUGACUGCAAAAUUGGUGACAUUAUUGUAAUAAUAAUAUUUAAUCAACAGCUCUGGCCGUAGCGUCCAUCCCGACAGGACAUCGCAAUUGCCCUCCCACGCAGCCAGUAUAAAAUUGGUGUCGUGCUAUCGACUGUUGUCAGUCCACUGUCGACAGUAACUACACGACUGGUGAUACUGCCCUAUUACUAAUGUUCAAUCAACAACUGAGGGCCCAACAUUGAUCCCCGUGGAACACCACAGUUAUUCGGUCACUUGACGCCACCCGGCGUGGCCCGCCAGCGUCGACGUACAGACCAAGUGAUAACCGUGUGAUGCUCGUGUCCAGCACCGCCUGAGGCCAUGGCGCAGAGAGCAUCACUGCUGGUGUUGACACCGCUGCUGGUGGUGGUGGUGGCGCUGUCCCUCGUGUCGCGACUGCCCGCCGCCCACGCACGCCAGCCGUCGCCCCUGGAGCGCUUCAUGCACGCGCGCUUCCCGUCCACGACGGAGUCGCCGCUGCAGCGCGACUGGCCCGGUGACGAUUACGACUCGGACAGCUUCGACGACGACGACAUCGACGACUACCAGGACAGCACCAGCAGCACGGCGCCGCCGCCGCCGCCGCCGUCGCCCCCCAGACAGCACGCUCCCUCGGAGCCGAUGUCGCCGCACAGCCAGCAGAAGUGGUCGCUCAUGGGAUCGCGGGCGGCCGUCGACGCCUUCCGGCACUCGCGGCUCAAGCUCACCGGCACCGGCUCCAGGACCUCUGCCGAGAACGAGGUCCAGCUGGCGGUGGAGAACGCGCUGCGGGUGAACCGCGAGCACGAGUGCCGCGUGCCGGCGGCGCGGCUGGUGCGCGUCAAGGACGAGUACCCGCACCCCAACAAGCGCUACAUCCCGCACUGCGCCACGCUGCACCGCUGCGGGGACGACGCGGGCUGCUGCCACUCCGACACGCUCACCUGCGUCGCCGCCAAGGCGCACUCCGUCACCCUCUACUUCUACACGACCACGGCGGGGUCGCGCGCCGUGGUGGAGAAGCUGACGUUUGAGAACCACACGGAGUGCCGCUGCGAGGACAAGCUGGACGCCGUGAUGCCGCGAGAUAUGCCAGACACCCAGCGGCCUCUGAGAGGGCCCCACCACCACCACGAGCCGCAACAGCACCACAGCAGGUGA